AUGUCGAAUUUUUCUGCUCUUUCACGAUACAGGGUUAUUAUUGAAUGCCAAGUUGUGGUCUCAGAUGAGGAUAUAGGAAGUAGCUCUGUGAUGCUUGGUAAAUUUUUUCGUUUGCUUUCUCCUCAGGUGGAUUAUGAGAUGGGUAAACAAGCUUAUAGUGCAAAUGCAUAUAGGAGGGGGACAAAACAUCCUACAUAUAUAGGUGUGAGAAAGAGAAAGUGGGGUUUGUGGGUGUCAGAAAUCAGAGAGCCGGGGAAGGAGAAGAGAAUAUGGCUUGGCUCAUUUCCCUCACCAGAGAUGGCAGCUCGUGCACAUGAUGCAGCUGCUUUUGCUUUAAGAGGGGAGUCAGCCAAUUUCAAUUUCCCUGACUCGAUUCACUCCCUUCCUUGCCCUGCAACUUCAUCUGCAACAGAUAUUCGGGCUGCUGCUGUCCAAGCUGCAUACUCUUCUUCUCAACAGCCAGAGAAACAAAUAUCACAGCUGUGUCCCAACAGGAACAGGAACAGUGAUGAUAUUACCAAUGCGUUUCUUGGUUCAGAGCCCUUUCCACAGAAUGAGUCUCAAUUCACUGAUAUUGGAGGAACUGAAAGCCAAAACAAUGAGAUGAUGGAAUCAUGGCUAGAUUGUUUAAACUUGCUAAUGAACACUGCAGAUGGAGUGACGAUGGGAUCUUCUCUCCAAUUUCAUAAGCAAUCCACUGAAGCAGAAGAAUAA